AUGUUUGGCUUCAACCUCAGCCAACAUGAACGGUUGGUAGGAUGGAUAGUUUCAUCUGAGUGCCUAUGCCGGCUUCUUUCGCUAACCAUCAGCUGCUAUUUUGACGACUACAAUUCCAUCCUGAUUUUCUAUCAUCGAGUUCUUUCUUUCUUUCUUUCUUUCUUUCUUUCUUUUUUUCUUAUACUAAACCCUAGUACACGUUGGGAAUCUAUCUAUCUAUCUAUCUAUCUAUCUAUCUAUCUAUCUAUCUAUCUAUCUGUCAGCGUAGAAAGGGCUGGAUAUUUAAUUUCUAUUCAAUUCGAAAUCGAACAUAUCCUUCUCCACAAUUCUUAUUCUAUCUAUCUAUCUAUCUAUCUAUCUAUCUAUCUAUCUAUCUAUCUAUCUAUCUAUCUAUCUCGUUCAUUCUCUCGCUCUCUUUCUUACCCCAGUUUUCUUACUCACAUAUUAAUCUCUCUUUCCCAUCAUGACUUUCCCCUUUUAUUUUCUGUCUCUUUCUGCUUAUCACCAUUUCUGGCUUCGUCCCCUUUUCCUUUUCUUUUUCCUGAUUUUAUUUUCUUCUUCAGUAACAUUUUAGUUUUUAUGCUUUUCUCUUUCCCAUUUAAUUCAUUUCCUAAUUCCCACGCUUGCUCUUUUUGUCUUUCUCCUAUUUCCCUUCUUUCUCCCUCAUUCUCUCAGAUUUAUCAUAUCAGUCAUUUCGUUGAAGUUUUCUUUCUGUCUUUUCCGGUCUCUGCCUCCAGACCAGUUUUAACCUGUCUCCAUCAGCUUGACUCCUCCUCCUCCCAUGCUGCACCUACCUUCGCCUUUAUUUCGUCUUUUUCUCUUCUUCUUUCUAUUCCUUUCUUUCGCUGUCUCUUUUUCGCCUCUACUUCCCUUUCCUUCAUAUUCCUAUCUCACAUUUUCAUUCUUGUCACCUCUGUCUUUCGUUUUCACCUUUUACCUUUUUAUAUUUUUCUUUCAAGCUUCCUUUUUAUUUGGAAAAUAAGACAAAAUUCUCAUUUCGUCUCAUAUCUAUCUAUCUAUCUAUCUAUCUAUCUCACGAACUAG